CACCCGCUUCCGUUGUUCCAUUGCUAUCACACGAUGUCUCCUCCUUCUUCUCCACCGACUCCAACGAGCCCCACUCUUCGCUUUGCUUCUCAAACCCGCGAUUUCUCCUUCGCUCCUCCCCGUUCUCCAGUCCUCACCGCCAUGCUCCGAUCUCCGGCUCCGUUUUGAGAGGCGAUGAUGGUCGGCGCCCUGGCGGCGUUCUUCGUCCUCUUCGUCCCCAUGGGCCUCGCUGGCUGGCAUCUCUCCCGUAACAAGGUUCUCUUCUUCAGCGGCGCACUCUUCAUCUCCCUUGCCAUUGCCGUCCAUCUCACUCCCUACUUCCCCUCCAUCUCCCGCCUUCUUGUUCCUCUCCCUUCAUCCUCUCCCCCUGUCCUCUCCCCCAUCUCCUGUCUCUCCUCCAUCCACGACGUCUUCUGGUCGUCCCAUGAUCCGCCAUCCUGGUCUUGGUCCCGAUCUAACCCCGCCCUCUCAUGUGGCUUCCAGAAACUCACACGCUCUGACGCCUCCGAUCUCCUCAACGGUUCACGGAUCAUCGUCGCCGGUGAUUCCCAGGCCCGCCUCCUCGCUCUCUCCGUCCUCUCCCUCAUCCUCGACCACACCGCCAUGGACACAGUCCGCGCCGACCUCUUCAAGCGCCAUAGUGACUACCACAUCUCCGUCCCUGAGAACGGUGCAGAUCUCGAUUUCGUCUGGGCGCCAUAUGAAUCGAAUCUCACUGAAACCCUAAGGAGGAUCGAGGUGAACGAGAGGUAUCCUGAUGUAGUUGUAAUGGGUGACGGACUCUGGCACAUGCUGCAUUUCACUAGUGCGUUGGAUUACGGUGUGGCGUUGAGGGAUGUUAGGAGGUCGGCAACGGGGACUGGGAGGUCCCGACACAUGUUCUGGCUGGGGAUGCCGACGCUGGUGAGUGCGAAGCUCAAUACGGAGGAAAAGAGGAUGAGGAUGAACAUGAGUAUAUGGGCAUCUUACGAGCAGGAGGUGAACAGCAGUGGGCUGUUGAGGCAGUUUGGCGGGCCAUUUCUUUUGCUGGAUGUCGGGCUUUUGAGUAGAGGAUGCGGGAGUCGGUGCACAGUGGACGGAAUGCACUAUGAUGAGGUGGUUUAUGAAGCGGCACUUCAUAUAAUGCUCAAUGCUUUGCUGAUUGAGUCUCACCAGAGGAUUUGAAUAUGGUGAUGGUUCAGGCUUGGACCGGAUCUCUGUUCCUCUGGUACUUGUUGGAUGUAGAAGAGGUGAGCAAUCUAAUUUUUGCAUUCUCAUUUGUAGGGAAUGCUGAAAUUUUACCUUCUGCGGAUUACAUAGAGCUUUGUGAUUUAAUUGUGCUAAUAGUAAUUUCAUUUUCGCAUCACAACAUAAUUGCUUGGAUCAUUGUAUCUUGUAUGUCUUUUGGUAAUGAUUAUUUGUAAGUGAAAUUGAGCAUGGAUUUUGCUCCAUGCGUCAUUGAAGAUCCAACAUGAUGAAAAAUUUAGAACAGACCAAUGGUAUAAUGUUGGUAUAGUUCUUACAUGUUCUAAUUUAACAUUUCCUUCAUACUUGGACAACUAUCAAGAAUUUAAUCCAAGGGCUACAUUGAAGAAAAAUAUAUUCUAACAUGGGUUUAUUCA